UAGAACUAAAAUAGAAAUGUUGACACUAUAAGAUCACAUAUGUUGAGUCGAAGCAACUUCUUUUCCCGCCAUCUUGAUUGCAACUUUGAUUGAGAAAAAGAUGGCACCAUUGAUGAUAUUACCAAAGACAAGUCUUGUGAUUCUUGUGUUAUGUCUUUUACUCUCUUUUGAUCAAAACAAACAAACCAAAUACAACAACAACGAUACAUUCAUCAACACCAUUCCUUUACAUUCAUUUUCCAAUGGCCAUGUUUCUUUAUCUGUUAUAAAAAACAACAACACUUUUUCUUCUUCUCAAUCUUCUUUGCUUGAAUAUGAUUUCUACCGGAAUUCUUGUCCUCGUGUCGAACGCAUUGUUCGUUCGACAAUUCAUCGUCUUCAUCGAAAUGCUCCUUCUUUGGUUCCUGCUCUUAUUCGUCUUUUUUUUCAUGAUUGCUUCAUUCAGGGAUGUGAUGCUUCUGUUUUGUUAGAUGAUGAUGAUUACAUUAAUUCAGAAAAAGACUCACCUCCAAAUGAAAGUCUCAAAGGAUUUGAUGUAAUAGAAGCCAUUAAAUCCCAGCUUGAAGAAGCAUGCCCUGGUGUUGUUUCUUGUGCUGAUAUUCUUGUUCUGGCUGCAAGAGAAUCUGUUGUUCUGGCUGGUGGUCCAUUUUAUCCUUUAUAUACAGGCAGGAGAGAUGGUUCUAACUCUUUUGCUGACAUUGCAACAUAUGAGCUUCCUUCACCUUAUGCUGAUUUAUCUCAAACCCUUGCAUCCUUCAAGUCAAGGGGAUUUGAUGAAAGAGAAAUGGUCACUCUCUUAGGUGCCCACAACAUUGGUGUAAUACACUGCGAAUUCUUCGUAAACCGUCUCUAUAACUUCAGUGGAACUAAUGAACCUGACCCUUCUUUAGAUACUGAAUUUCUAAAUGUACUAAGAUCAAGAUGCAAUAACACUGAUGGCUCCCCUUCUUCCUUAGUUGAAGUGCAACAAGAAAUCGGUAUGGACUCCAAACAAUCUCUAUCAAAAUUCGGGACAUCAUACUACCACGGCCUAUUGCAAGGCAAAGGAAUCCUCUAUGCUGAUCAGCAGUUAAUGGAAGGGGAAAAAACAAAGUAUUGGGUUCAACAAUAUGCAUCUAAUCCUACUUUGUUCCAUCAACAUUUCGCCAUAGCAAUGAUGAAACUCUCCGAUCAUCGAGUUUUGACAAUGCCUAUGGGACAGAUUCGGCGCAGUUGUUCAAAGGUUGCAUGACAUUGCUGCUAAGAACUGUAAACUUGUAGCAGUUAGAGAUUUUAACAUACUGUUAUGUUUCCUAACUCUCUUAUCAAAUAACUAACAAAAUCUGAGAAAGUAUAUUA